GGCCCGUCAAAUUGGAAUAAUUGGAGUACAUGUGGUGGACAAAGACAAAGUCCUAUUGAUAUAAACUCUGGAUUAGUAACUAUGGCAGAUAUGGGACAGCUGUUCUUCACCAACUAUGAAAAUCCUGCUAUAUGUGACGUAACCAACAAUGGCCAUACAGUGCAAUUUGAUAUUUCUGCCAAUAUUAUGACGAUGUAUGGAGGAGGUUUAAAUGGUGUUUAUCAAGUAGCACAGUUUCAUUUUCACUGGGGAGCUAAUGAUACCAUAGGUUCUGAACAUACAGUCAAUGGUAGAUCUUUUCCAUUAGAGAUACAUGUAGUUCAUUAUAAGCAGUCGUAUGGUUCACUGGCAGACGCUGCCACACAGCCUGAUGGACUUGCUGUUUUGGCAGCACUAUUUGAUAUUUCCGUUUCUGAUAACCCAGCUUUCAAUGGUUUAUUGACAACACUUGAAAAAGUUCGGAAUCCCAAAGAAACGACACAAUAUACGAUAGCAUCGUUAGGAAGUAUAUUACCAUCCUAUAAUGGGUACUAUAGAUAUCUCGGUAGUUUAACCACACCACCAUGUUCUGAAAGUGUCAUCUGGACUAUAUCUUCUCAGUCUAUACCUAUUUCAUCCUAUCAGAUGCAGGCGUUCCGGAGACUGAUUUCGUCAGAGAUUGACUCCAAUGGACAAUACCUGUCGCUUGUUAAUAAUUUCAGACCUGUUCAGAAUUUAUAUGGUAGAAGAAUAUUGACUAAUGUGGUUGGCCAGGGAAAAUAA